UUUUAAACAUCACCACACUGCGAACCUUAUGCCGAACCCUAACCUUAAAUUAAGGCCAAAAAGCUCAUUUUUGUUUUCAUGCAGUUUUACGAUAUUGACAAUUUUUACUUUGUGGCUGGGGUAACUAUAGUGAAAACCCUCUCCCAGGCCGACGCGCGUAGUCAAACGGAUCAUCAGAGAGCAGAGGGCUGGCGUCUCCUGGUAGUAAAUCUAUCAGGUCUCGAGCACAUAAAGUCCAAAAGAGGGGGACUAAAGAAAAUAAAGAGAAAAGGGGCUCCCAUCGUUUUAAACCUGGUUCCAUUACCAGAGAGGACACACGCGGGUUUAGCGUUUUACCGAGACGGAUUAAUAAAACGCCAGACGGAUGUUCGCGAGGAGGGGUGGUCCGCUCUGAAGUUGGAGACUACUGCCUACCGAAUACGGAGAGAGGAGAGAAGCGCUUUUGUUUUUCCCGUGAAGGCUAGCGCCCCCCGGCCACAGCAUGAAGCUGCCGCCUUGUUUCAUGGCGCUCAUCGCGGCGCUGCUCGCUCACUCCGCGCUGGGUCAGGCCUGGGUUCCGUCUAUAGAUGAAGAAAGUUCUUCCAGAGAUGAGUUCUAUGAUGAUGAAGACCUCUUCUCAGGCUCCGGAUCUGGCUUUCCAGAGAUGAAGGUCAACCCUACAGCGGUGGGCGUAUCUUUACCUACGGAAGCGCCCCUCCCCUUCUCCACCACCCAGGCCACUGGCCCCGCCCCCUCGGCCCCACCUGUAGCCGAGCCCAGCCCUAAACUUGACAUCCUUCCUACCCCACUACCCACUGAGGGAGAAGGGGAGAGCGGGGUAGAGUGGGAGAGAGAACAAGAGAGGGAGAGGGAACAAGAGAAGGAGAGGGAACAAGAGAAGGAGAGGGAACAAGAGGAGAGGGAGAGGGAACGAGAGAGGGAGAGAGAACGAGAGAGGGAGAGAGAACGAGAAAGAGAGAGGAUACGGGAAUUAGAGAGGGAACAAGAAAGAGACAAGGCCGCCCAGACUACCAUCUCCCCCCGCAGCCCUGCAGCUCUUCCCAUGGCAACCACCAGUUUGGCGACUCCUUCGGCGGAGAGCGCAGCACCCUCUAGCGGCGUGGAAGACCUGGGCACCACAGAAGAAGAGGACGAGGAUGUUUACCUGUCCCCAGACCCCACCACCAGUUUACUUAUGGAGACCACCACAGAAGAAGAAGUGACCACUACUGCCACAGAGACAGAGACCACACCCAUCCCAGAGACAACAGCUCCACACACUACGACUGGCCCAGCCCCAACUGAGAGGUCUAGCUCUGCCCCCUUCAGGCCCAGGGUUCCUGUGACCUUGCCUACUAAAGCUGCACCCACAGAGAAGAGCACACGUCCCCAGCUACCCUCUACGACGAAUAAUGAGUUGGGGGUUAACGGACCCAGCGGAGACUUUGAGAUCCGUGAGGAGGACCAUCGCCAGGGCAACGAGGUUGUUGGGCGUGGCGUGGAGACGGGAGCGGAGCCUGAUCUAAUUGGCAACACGAUCAACACGGGAAGUUCUGCCGCUCAACUUCCACAGAAGAACAUCCUGGAGAGGAAGGAGGUCCUGAUAGCGGUGAUAGUGGGGGGCGUGGUGGGGGCUCUGUUCGCAGCGUUCCUGGUCAUGCUGCUGGUGUACAGGAUGAAGAAGAAAGAUGAGGGAAGCUACACGCUGGAGGAACCCAAACAGGCUACCGUCACCUACCAGAACCCUGACAAACAGGCUACCGUCACCUACCAGAACCCUGACAAACAGGAGGAGUUCUAUGCAUGAGAGAGAGAGAGAGAGAGAGGUGUGUGUGUUUGUGAGAGAGAGAGAGAGAGAGAGAGAGAGAGAGAGAGAGAGAGAGAGAGAAAAAAGGGAGAGGGAUCACUCCACCUCCUGUCUUGUCGCCUCACCUCUCCUUCCCAUCUCUUCCUCCCUCUCCCCCGUGUCAUUUGUUGUUAAGAGUGCCUGUCUCCAUGGACUCCGAACUUUCUUAAAAAAAUUCAAAAAUAAAUGAACAAAAAUAUAUAAGCUGAAAAAAUAACCAUAAACACAUGAUACACAUAUUUGUUUUUUUAAGUAAAUGUUAUGAAUAUUAUACAA